AAAAAAGUUGCUAGUUUGUCUGCCAUUGCUGGCGCGUCACGUCGGAGCUGCAGGACUCCGCCGAGCGUCCACGAGUGGAGUAAGCGUGCAGGGCGACGUCGGGACGCGACACCCGGACGGAGGCGUCACGACGGCGACACAGGAGGGCCAUUCAGAAGAGCCGGGGGUCGAAGGUGAGAAGAGCAGAGGGCAGCAUGAGCGAGCCGGGGCCCCCCGCCUCCACGGGCGUCAGCACCGGGACCGCCGUCUCCUCCGGCCCGGCCGGCUCGUUCACCACCACCGCCACCACCACCACAGCCGCCAACAGUAACACCUUGACGGCUUCUUCCACCACCACUGCUGCCACCAUCACUUUAACUACUCCCGCUACUACUGCUUUUGUUAGCAGUACUAUUAGCAGCAGCACCACUCCCACUAGUGCCACCACCACCGCCAGACAGGCAGUACCUCAGAUUUCCGUCUACAGCGGGAUACCCGACCGGCAAACUGUGCAGGUGAUCCAGCAGGCCUUCCACAGGCAGCCCAACACGGCCGCCCAGUACCUGCAGCAGAUGUACGCCGCCCAGCAGCAGCAUCUCAUGCUGCAGACCGCCGCCCUCCAGCAGCAGCACAGCCUGCAGAGUCUGGCCGCCGUGCAGCAGGCCAGCAUUGCAGCUGGUCGCCAGAACUCCUCCCAGAACGGCACGUCGACUCAGCAAAGCGGGUCGACUCAGACCACGAUCAACCUGACCACGUCGCCGGCCGCGGCUCAGCUGAUCAGCCGGGCACAGAGCAUCACUUCCACCCCCAGCAGUAUUUCCCAGCAGGCAGUUCUGCUGGGCAGCCCGUCGAGCAGCACCCUGACGGCCAGCCAAGCGCAGAUGUACCUGCGUGCACAGAUGGCCCAGCAGAGUAAUGUGUUCCAGGCCCAGCAGAGUAACCUGGUCCAAGUGGCUCGGAGUUUAGGCCGAGCCGUUCCCUUGUCGCCUCAGCUGAUCUUCACUCCCACGGCCACAGUGACUGCCGUGCAGUCGGAGAGUUCCACACAGGCCUCCUCACAGAAUCAGGUUCAGAAUUUGGCCAUACGUGGCCAGCAGGUGGCGACCACGUCCUCCUGUCAGACGCAGACUCUGCAGGCCCUCAGUCUGAAGCAGACCCCGGUGCCCAUCCAGCCCGCAUCCCUUAUCAAGCACCCGGGCCAGUUGUCUGCAGGAGGCAAGCCCGGCUCCUCCGAGAGUCCAUGUUCCGAGGGAGGGAAGAAGGCGGACGUGACGGAGGCUCGAGCCAUCAACAUGAGCCGCAACGUCACCACGCUCGGCGCGCAGCCUCUCCUUGCUCCAGCCUACACCCAGAUCCAACCCCACGCCUUGGUCCAGCAGCACAAGCAGCAGCAGUUUGUGGUCCACCAGAGCCAAAGUUCCCAAAGGACGGCCGGUCAGCUCCUGCAGACGGCGUCCAUUCAGCCGUCGCAGCACCCGGUGCCCAUGCUGCCCAAGCCCGCGCCGCACCAGCCCUUGACGCCCGGCCAGCAGGCCACCAUCUUCCACUCCACCAUCAGCGGCCACGCCCUGCACGCAACUCCCGCCCCCUGCUCCUCGUCCUCCUCCUCAUUGGUCAACGCUCAGCCCGUGCAGCUCACCGCCAUCAACCUGCAGAUACAGCCCACGGCCUCUCGGAUGCUUCAGGACUGUAAAGAAAAGCCAACUUCCCUGGUGGUGAGAGAGACGUGUGCCGCCUCCACCACCCCGCAGCAGCAGCAACAAAAGCCGCCACCGCUACCGCCGCCGCUGCCGGCUCCACUGCCGCCACCACCAAAGCAGCAGCAAAGUGCGCCGACGCCGUCGCCGCCCGCCAAGCCUGUCGAGCAGGCCAAGUCCGACCCAACAACGCCGGCUGGUCAGCCUCAAGCAGAGGCGGCGACCAAGAGGCCGGCGGCCGCGGCUGGGGCCCCGCUCCCAGUCGUGACCUCAGGAAGUGAGAGCGUGACGGCCACGGCGCAGCACAACGGCGAGAACAAGUUGCCGCAGGCGAUCGUCAAGCCGCAGGUCCUCACGCACGUCAUCGAGGGCUUCGUCAUCCAGGAGGGUGCCGAGCCGUUCCCCGUGUGUGUGGAGCGUCUUCCCAUCCUGAUGGACAGCCCCAAGAAGAUGGACAGUCAGCUGUCCUCCGACCCCGACAAAACCCCCGUCAGCAACGCCGCCAACUCCGACUCUGAGGCCGAAGACUUGAACCCGCCAGAACACGAGCAAGAACCCAAGCUGACGUGUGAAUAUUGUGGCUGGGUGGACUUCGCCUACACCUUCAAGGGCUCCAAGAGGUUCUGUUCCAUGGUCUGUGCCAAGAGGUCAUGUGACAUGUGUGCAGGUACAACGUGGGCUGCACCAAGCGUAUCGGGUUGUUCCGUCCAGAGAAGACCAAAGCAACAAGUCGCUGGCGUAGAAGAAGUCAGACCAGGUCCAGCACGGAGGCCAAGAAGCGGAAGAUGUCGCCAUCACCUCAGCAGACCGCGGGCGGCUCCGUGUCCUCGCCACAGCCCUCGCAGCCCAGCCAGGAGGAGUCCAGCCCCUGCUCGGACAUGUCCAGCUACGAGGGGCCGCCCUCUCCGCUGUCGGCGGCCAGCUCGGGACCCCCGGCCCCGCCGGCCCCGGCGCCGCUCCCCGUCCAGCGGCGGCCCGCUCGGGCCUCGUCGGAGCAGGACACCACGACGUGUCAGCCCGCGGUCGCCAACGACCCCGCCAGGUGGAACGUGGAGGAGGUGUACCAGUUCAUCUGUUCACUGCCAGGUUAGCUCCGCCCACUUCCUCACCUCUCCAUCUGUUCACUGCCAGGUUGUCAGGAGAUCGCAGAGGAGUUUCGCUCGCAGGAGAUCGACGGCCAAGCUCUGCUGCUGCUGAAGGAAGACCACCUGAUGAGCACCAUGAACAUCAAACUGGGACCUGCACUCAAGAUUUUUGCCAGCAUCAACCUGCUCAAGGACUCCUAGCAAGUGUGUGUGUGUGCGUGCGUGCGUGCGUGCGUGCGUGCGUGCGUGCGUGCGUGCGUGCGUGCGUGCGUGCGUGUUAUUGACUGGCAGACUUCUUGAUGGUCCAUCUUUGACAUGAAAUCGUUGUUUCAAGUUCUUCCACACCAGGAGAUGACAAGUGUCGUCAAGUGGAGAAUGUUCUGGUAAAAGUGGUUUCCAGAAGAGGGACAAAGAAAAACAGCUUGCAAGAGCUUCUUAGAGCAGCACUGCCAUGAAAUAAAGUCUUUCUUUUAAUUUUUUUUUUUUUGUACUUUUGUCAGAUGUAGAUGUGGGCAGCAAAGAUACUAAGAAUGUUUAUUGACAAACUUUUAAUCCUGGAUCUUUUUUUCUCCUGCUCAUGGCACUUCCUGUCUUGGUGUUGCCAGGUGUGUCAAGUUGCCAGGUGUGUAUAUAGCAGCAAAACUGGAACCGGGCGCUUAACUUAUUCUUGUUAUUUUAAUACAGAAAGGAUGUUUACUAUUUUGAAAUAUGCAAAUGUAUAAAAAAACACUUUGACUUGAA